AUUACAAACGUUUGUUUUGAUGAUAUAUUAAGAUCACGUGUUAGCCUAGAUAUACAACUUCAGCAAAAUAUUAAUGCAGACAUUCCAGAUGGAAUACAUCAAGAUGAAUUUCAGGAGAUUU